UAGUACCCUGCAGUGAUGUUUAGACCUUGCUCAUAACUUGCCUGAUAUUGGUGGUCAGCACAAGAGGGUCAGCAUGUCUUGCUGCCUUAAACUAAGGGGCUGUAAGAUUCCUGUGACAUUGCUGCUGCUCAUCCUGUAUACCUGUUACCUGCUGGUUGGUGCCACUGUCUUCUGGGCACUGGAGAGCAAAGCAGAGGUGGAUCUGUCCCAGAACUUUCAGCAUGAGAAGUGGGAGCUGCUGAAGAACUAUACAUGUAUGGACAACGAGACGCUGGAGCAAUUUAUAGUGGGUAUCAUCAAGGCUUAUAAAAAUGGUGUCAUCAUCCAGGGAAACACUUCUGAAUUUGGAACAUGGAGCUUCACUGGAUCCUUCUUCUUCUCUGUAACUGCAAUAACCACAAUAGGCUAUGGUAAUAUCAGUCCUACAACUGUCGGUGGGCGCAUCUUCUGCAUCGUCUUCGCUCUUUUUGGGAUUCCAUUGAACUUGAUUCUGUUGAACCGCAUUGGUCAGAGGAUGCUCUCUUUGGUCCACCAAGGUGCUACUUUUUUGGGAAAUAAAGGGAACAGGCAGAAAUCUGCGAAGAUAUUGGUAAACGUCUGUUCUCUCGUCACUGGCCUCUUGCUGUUUUUCCUCCUUCCCCCGAUACUUUUCAGAAGUAUUGAAGGCUGGACCUAUGAGGAAGGUUUCUACUACUCCUUUAUUACCCUAAGCACGAUAGGCUUUGGUGACUAUGUAAUCGGAAGGAUACCAGGCAAGAAUUACCCUUCUUGGUACAGGAAUUUGAUAGCACUGUGGAUUCUUUUUGGCAUGGCGUGGUUGGCCUUGAUAAUAAGCUUGUGUAUAAAUUUACUGGAGAAUUACCAGGAAAUCUGCACAAAGACAAAAAAUAGUGAGAAAGUGGAACAUGAACUCAUUGAUGUUGUUCAGAAUGGAGACUUGUGCCCUGUUCUUCAGGAUAACGCAGAGAACUCUGAGACGUCGUGUGGCAAAGACACAAACACUGAGUCACCAGACUGAAUUUAAUUUCUAUUACAAAUCAAAAUAUAUGUACAUAUAUCUCUUUUGUUAACAUGAGAUUGACAUUAUGGUUCAAUGAACCACAAAAUAAGCGAAUGCAGGACGAACAAAUUCAUAGCACAAACAGUAACUUGCGUCAUAGUAAAUACGGCAAACUAGCACUAGGUCUUCCUAACCAACUUACCAGCAUUAUCCAGAAGUUUGUUCUUCACAAAUCCUUUUUCAGAGGUGUUUUGGCACAGAAAGCCAUUUUCAAGUUCUGAACCAUCACAGUCAUUAUAUUAAGUGCUUCUUGCAGAACUUUUUGGAUGACUUCCAUCUGCUCUUCCAUUUCAUCCAUAAAAGUGUUGAGUUUUAGUGAAUCUGUUAAACUUAAUUUUGAUUCUUCUGUAAAAAAAAUCCAACCUUGCAAAAAAAACUGCUGUUCCA